AGUACCCUAUUGUAAUAUAAUAACAUUUUUAAACUAUGUUCAUCUUUUGCCCAUUUCAAAAGACCGUCAUCCAGUUCAUACACCUUGCAAUAGGAGAUAUCUUUAUUCUGUGCAAUUUAAUAUAAUCAGUUUACUCUGUCUUUUUUGCCUAAUCGCAUUCCGCUAUAGAAUACUCCCUUCAUCAAGUCUCUCAUUAUCUUCCAAAGAUUGAACUAAUUCCGCUUUACAUUGAGAAUUUUAGUGAACAAUUAGCUCAUCGUAUAUAUUUCAGUUCCAGAAAGCGAGAAACUUAUGGAGAUGGAGCAACUGGCACGAGUGGAAGUUCAGACGAUGCGUUCGCGGACGCGCUCUCUAUGCCAGAACGGGAAGAUAAUGGGUUUCCUGCGUCGCCGCGCGUCGUCCGAUAGCCCGCGGCGCGAGCCGUUCCUGUCGUCGCCGCGGCCGCAGUCGCCGCGCCGCGCGCCCGAAAAACAAUUCGAGAAAAGGUUCUGGAAACAGGUGACUAGAAGACGCCAGUCUCUCGGAUCCAUCAGUCAGAUAUAGUCGUGAACUUACAGACGUUACAAAGUGUUCAUGUGUAGAUCUUCACGGUAA